AGCCGAAUCUGAAGGCCUUCUGUAAUGCGGGUCGACGUCAUCUUUUUUUUAAGGAGCGAAGGAGUAUUUUUUUAUUAGUUGAACACUUCAACCUGGUUGUGGGGCCAUCACCCUUCAAAAGUCGUAUAUAUAUAAACCGUCUUAGAGGCCGGUGAGUGACGGAGAAAACCUUGAGAGGGAAGUAUAGCCUAUACUCCUAUAGGGCAUAAAAAUAAAACCAGAAGCGCAGUACGUACGAAGAAGGAUGGGUAAAUCGGAGGAGAAGAAAGAGGUUGAUUCAUUGGAGAUCAAAGUGUCACUGUCUUGCCAGAAGUGUGCCAAGGAUGUUAAGAAAGCUUUGUUGAAGGUCAAGGGAGUUAAAAAUGUAAUUGUAGAUUUGGAGAAAGGGAGGGCGAAUAUAAAAGGAUCAAAAAUACAUCCAGAUGCGGUGUUGCAGAAACUGAAGAAGAAACUGAAGAAGGACGCUACAAUAAUACCGCCGCCGCAGGAAAAGGUGGUGGCUCCGCCGUCGAAUAAUAACGUCGCAGCCCACGUGCCGGGGGUUUGCGUCAUCAAUGGCCAUGAGAAGAAGAAGAUGAAGAAGAAGAGGAAACAAAUGCAGACUGUGGAGCUGAAAAUAAGAAUGGAUUGUACCGGUUGUGAGCGUAAAGUCAAGAAUGCCCUGUCUUCUAUUUCCGGGGUAGUAUCGGUGGAAAUAAACAGGAAGGAGAAUAAGGCGACGGUGAGAGGAUAUGUGGAGCCAAACAAGGUGUUAAAGAAGGCAAAGUCAACGGGGAAGAAGGCUGAGAUAUGGCCGUAUGUGCCCUACCAGUUGGUGGAUCGGCCCUACGCCGCCGGGGCAUACGACCGGAAAGCGCCGCCGGGAUACGUCCGUUCACUCGAUCCCUACAACACUCAUAAUAAUGACUCCUUUGACUCGUACACAUACAUGUUCAGCGACGAAAAUCCCAAUGCAUGCUCCAUUAUGUAGUACUCUAUUAUCCUUAUUACUUCAUCAUAUAUUUUAAUUUAAUUAUUUAUAACCGAUAAUUUUAUAUUUAUACACACACACACACACCUCAUGUUGUCUUUCUAAAAAGUAUACUUAAUGUUGAAUAUAUAGUAAGAAUUUUA